GGACGCGCGCACUGUACACCGCUACUCGCAGCACUCCUAGUCCGCAGUUGCGCUUAGUCUCCCAGCUGUAAGCAUCUCUGUGGUGCAGACGCUUUUCUUCAUUUUACAGCCUGUUGUUUACUCUUUUAUCCUAACGUUUUUUGUAUUGGAUAGCGGACUCACACCCUGAAAAUAAACCGAAUCAACCAUGGUAGUGGAAGGCUGUACCAAGUGCAUCAAAUUCCUGCUGUUUUUCUUCAACUUUAUCUUUUGGCUGGCUGGAGGUGUUAUACUUGGUGUGGCUUUAUGGCUACGACAUGAUCAGCAGACCAGCUCCAUUCUUGGCCUGAAGUUGGAUGACAAUGAGCCAGCUCCAAGCACGUUUUACAUCGGUGUCUACAUCCUAAUCGCAGUUGGUGCAGUUAUGAUGUUCGUUGGCUUCCUUGGCUGCUAUGGUGCCAUCCAGGAAUCACAGUGCCUCCUUGGAACGUUUUUUGCCUGCCUGGUAAUCUUAUUUGCUUGCGAGGUGGCUGCUGGAAUCUGGGGUUUCAUUAACAAAGACAAGGUUGCUUCAGAGUUGAAGACAUUCUACAACUCGGCUUAUAGCAAAUCUUUGGAGCCCCCCUUACUGUCCAAUCCAGAGGCCACAGAAAAGGCCAAGCACGUUGUCAAAGUCUUCCAUGAAACGCUGAACUGCUGUGGAGCGGAUGACAUCUUGACCAAAGGCCUAUCAUUGUUAACUGGUGAAUGCAGUGGCAAGGCAGUUUCACUUCCUAAUUGUCACACAAGGAUUGAUGAACUUUUUACAACAAAGCUAUAUAUUAUUGGCAUUGCCGCUUUAGUAGUCGCAGUAAUUAUGAUCUUUGAGAUGAUUUUCAGUAUGGUUCUGUGCUGCGGUAUUCGAAACAGCUCUGUAUACUAACGUGAUGCAGGUUUUCAUCUUCAGUACAAAUACCAUGAAAAACACCUAAGAAUUUUUUGUGUUAUCAUUUUCAAAUAUUAUAAUUUGCUUGCUCAUAUAUUUACGUCUUAUAAUAUUUGUAGCUGUUUUUUUAUGUACAAAAAAGUUACCUUUUGAAAUGUUUCAUUUUAUGUUGACAGUUGGCUGUUGCCCACUACAGUGAUCCAUAAAACAAAGGAAUGCAUCAGAAGUAUACAGUAUAUUAAUUGAGAUACCUAAAGUUAAAAAAAAAAUAAAACUUAAUUUUCUACUAACUCGUAAUUCAGAAUAAUGCUCAUACUUUAGAAAUGAUCCAUCAGAGAUUGAUCUUCUGAUAGUCUUCCAAGCCCAAUGCAAACUGUAAAUCCAUCUUGGAGGUUUCCAGACUAGUCUGCAUGCACCUCAUUAAUAAAGGUGUGGUGUCUGCACUCAAGUACUUUUAAAUUUAGGGCAGAGGUCAACAAAGUUGUUAUCUGCAUUAGUAGAAUCUUGCAACUAGAUAUACUGCAGCCCUGUGAGUUAGCUGUUAUAUCCUUCCUAAAAGUCUGUGUAGACAUGCCCACUGUGCUUGCUUUGUCGUAAAAGGAUUUACAUAGCAGAAAAUUAAUGUAGGUACUGUAUGUCAGUUUGAAAAUAAUCUAUUCAUGUAGCUUUUUCUGACCAAUUCAUUUUUAAGGUCAAAGGGAGCAAAAACCCAUCCUGUUAGCAUUGGGUGAAAUCAGCAACCAGUACCAAACAAGAUGCCUGUCCAUUGCAUGGCAUCCCCUGUCAGACUUGGGUCCCAUUGGCCAGUUUGCUUCCAUUGAUGGUAUGUCUUUGAGAAGUCUGGAGAGAACCAGAAAACCUGGAAGCCUAUGCAGUUCCAUUGAACCUCCCAAGCAGUGACCAGAUGAGGAGGUAGACUAAUUGUCCUGUGGUUAUGGGGUUCUGCUGUUUGUUAACCUAGACAAUGAUUUAAUUGAUAACAAUUUUAGAAAAGCAAAUUUCUUUUUUUUUUUUUUUAACAUUGCCCAAGUGAAGCAAAGAACACUUAACCAUGGGUUGCAUUGUCAAUGAUCUGCCAGCAGUUUCAUCUAUCUCCAGGUUGCAAAUCUGUUGAAAAUAGGAUGGUAAUUGUGGCUUUGGGGUGAAAGUAAUUAAUAUUAAUAUUGUGACCAUACAAUUUUUACUUUUUGUUGACAAUUGUUACAUCUUGUGUAGGUAACUGAAAUAAAUCAGUUGAUAUUUAAAACAGCAGGCAAUUACUUUGGUAUUUUGUGCUUGUAAACCAAGCAGAGCCCAAACCUGUUGAGCUUUCACCACUUAGUCCAGAUUUUGAAGGUUUCACCUAAUGCUUGGUACUUUUAUCAAGAUGGGCACUGGUGAUUGCCUGUGUUGUUGUUUGUGCAAACCAGGCAGUAGCAUUGUUUGAUUUUAUUGAAUUACCCAUAGAGCUUCUCCUGCAAACAGAAAUAAAUGAUUAAUGAUGUUUGGAAUCCAAUAAGUUGUUCUUUUCUAUGUAAAUGUUAUCAUUUCCAGUUUUUUGUUCUUCUGUAAAUAACAUGUUUGAUUUUGGAAUAUACCAAAAUUUCAAAGAAAUAACAAACAAUACAUUUCAUAUGUUUUUGGUGAUGCUUUUAAACUCGUCUUGUCUGACUUUAAAUUCAUUUCAAGUUAAAAUUAAUCUUGUAACAUGUACAGUUAUAUAAGACUAUAAAAGUUAAUGUGUUGAAAUGUUUAUAUAUAUAUAUAAAUAUACAUAAUUUCCCUCUGGUACUCUUGUUAUUUAAAGGAACACAAGUGAGUCUUUAAAUUUGACACCUUUGAUAUUUGUCACUGUCAGUUUUAUUUUUUAUUUUUAUAUAUCUGUAUGAGAUCAAAUUAGGAGUGCCAAACACAUUUUCUAGAGGUCUGCAGUAGCCGCUGAGGGUGAUUUCAUGCUUGUUUCCUGUUUUCUCACUCUUCAAAGGCUGUGCUUGGCGCUAAUCUUAACACUAGCUCAUAUGCACUCGUUCUUAGCUUUCAUUAUUUUUUCUGUUCUCUUGAAGUGCAGUGCAUCUUCUCCCUAACUUCUGUUCAAGCAUUGUUGGUUUAUAAAGCAGACAGUAUGCAGAAUACUUACACAGAAACAUGUAACAAGACAGUUCAUCCUUUAUAAUGUGUACAUACCAGUGCUCUUCAUGGUUUGGCUACAUUUUCAGACAGCAUUUAGAGACUAAAUUCGUGAAUUUGUUAAAGCAGCACACACUUUUAAUGAACUUAAGUUGGUCCUUUGAAUGUGGGGAUAGAGAUUUAAGAAGCGUGAUCAAGUAAGGAGUGAAAUUCAUGAAAAACAAUUACCAACAUCAUAAUAGGAUUUGAAAACCUGCAGAACCUUGGAUCCUCCAGGAACUGUGUUUGACAUCUUUAAUUUGUGCAAAUACUGUAUUAGUGUUUCUGCAUGCUGGGCUUGAAAAUUUGCCUCUAAUUGAUGUUUACAGUUGCUUUUUCUCUGAGUGCAUCUCCUUAUUAUCCCCAUCAUUGUGGAAAACUGCUUGUUCUCAUAGGCCUUUGCUUGGCUGUGAUCCCUCAGUGUAAUCACUGAGGUUCAGAAUUGUAAACACCUAAUAACAUAGUAAGUCAAGGUGUGUGUGAUGUGCCAAGCAACUUUUAACUCCUAGUAAAGGAGUAUCAUACUGUAAAAAUCACCUAUUUGCCUUUGGAAAGAAAACAUCAUUGUCUUCAAUGUUUCUCUAUUGCUUGAAUUAAGUGUAUUAUAUAGAAUAUACCAUUUAUUUAGUUUUUUUUUGUUUUUCUUUUUAGGUUUUUGUGCAUAUUUGUGAGGUCUAUUUAGUUGUAUGUUUUUCUAGUAUAAUGACUUUUUACAAAUCUUUAAAAAAAAAUCAGCAGGCGAGAUACACAAAAAUAAACUCUUUCGAGACUAUAUGCUGUUUUACUGCAUAUGUGCCUCCUUUAUCAAGAUGAUAUUGGGCAGAAGACUGGAUAUUUUGAUUUCAUAACUUAGCUUUGAAUUACAGUGGCCCACAUUACUUUAAUUGAAAACGUGGUAUUUUAUUCAAGUGCAUGCAUUUCUUUAAAAACCUUGCAAGUAUGACUUGAGUUCACAGAAUAAACAGGACAGGAUUGUAAUCUUUUGUCUAAUAUGACCUUGGACAGAUGCAUAAUUUCUUUUGUAUUCCUAGCAUAUAAAUGAAAGAAGUGGUGAAGGAAUGACUUUGUUUUUAAGGGUAGUGAAUGGUAACGGUGGAGUCCAGAGAUAAGAGAGCCCAAGUGACAAAAAUCUUCUUAAACAUUGAAAGGUGAUUGUCAGCCACUUGUAUGUCUGCACGGAGGGCGACAGAUUACUGAGAACAAUAGCACUGGAUUCAUCUAGUCUGUAACAUUUCAAUUUUCUAAAUAACUACUUUUGGAUGUUUUGUUAAGAUUCAGUGAAAUAUUUUAAUGGGGACAGAUUUGAUAUUUUUUUCUAACAAUGAAAAGCAAAAAGUAAAUGUGAAAGCUGUCAACGUUUUAUAAGUAGCUCUAUACUUGAUUAGAAUCUUUUUCGUUAAGAUUAGGCCAUGAAACACUACAGUAAAUUGUAGCACUUUAGAAAUCAGUGUGACAAGAUGAUAGAUAAGAUAGGGAAUUCUUGACAAAUAACACAACAGCCUCUGUGUGACCAGGGGCACAUGGCCAUCUAACCAUUUCUUGAUAUUCGAUAGUUGGGGCCUAUAGCAUCUUAGACUGCACUGUGGUGUCCUUGUUGAGCUUUGUCUGUGCGCACCUUCAGGAAAAAUGUUUCUACAGUGGAAGUAAAACAUGGUGGAGAGUUGGCUUUGGAAAAAAAAACUUUGGACCAUGUUAUGCUUGUCUUCAGCAAGUUACUGAAGAAUAUUGGUCUUCCAUUUUAUUGUAAUUGUUAACGAUGCAUCCAUUUUUAAAUCUUCAAAAUCCAAUCCAGGGUCGUUGGGAUUUGUUAAAGUGUGCCUUUUAAACUUACUUUUGGUGUUUGGUCAGUGGUGUCUGGACUUAAAAUAUUUUUCAUGUCAAAACCUUUUUCUAAAAUAUUUGUGUCAGGGGGCACCUUCUAAAAAUGACAUCGACUUGAUGAUUUAUAUCACUCAUUUGCUUGAAAAAGAUCAUUCUUUUAGCUUUUGUUUUCAUAAUACCAGUAAUUCAAUACACAGUUGUUCCUUGGGAAAGCGAACACUGUAAAAAAUAUUGUAAAAGCUAUAUUGGUCUGUUCCAAAGGAUAAGCAUCUGCUGCUGUUGCACAGAAGUUGAACUUAUUUGGUGCUGGGACAGCAAGUACUGUUAAUGUGUAGCCACUUGGGAAUAUGUUGUAUUCCAGACAUGUCUGUAAUCUAUAAAUUUAAUUUCUGUACAUUUAAGACUUGCACCAUAAUCCCAAAUCAAACCUAGAAAAAGGCCAAAUGGAAAACAAUGCACUUCUCCAUCAAUGCAUACAUGCUGCCUCACAACUUAAACUCUGCUCAGAUAGCUGAUCUGUUCCUCUGUAGGCAAAGUCAUACAAAUAGAUGGUAGUGGCACCAGGCAAGACUGAACAAGAAUGGGAGCCUGUAACACUAACUUGGGAACAGUUGUUCAGAGUGACUGGACUGGGUGCAUUCAGCAAAGCCUCAGAGGUGGUUACUGUACAAAAAGAAGAUGAUUCAAGUAUGGUGUCAAUGUAUGGAAAAGCUAGUGAGCAUGCACUUGCUUUAAAUUGCAGUUAAAGCUUAGGUUCAGUCUGAAGGAGUUUCACCAGUCUUAGAUUUUUAGACUGGAGACUGUUAAACCUCUUAUUUCUUCAGCCAAAAUACCCUCUUUGGUGUUUUUCAACAUUCUGAAAAAAUCUCACAGAGCGUUUUCUUGUGUAAAUGCAUCGCAUUUUUUUAUUUGUGUGUGAGGCAUGCACUGCCCUGGUACUAACCAUAAAUAAGCAAAGUCAAUGGUGCCACUUGAUAGGGGCACACCUCAAAUCGGCCCAGCUGUCCAGAUAGUACCAGAUAGCUCUGAAUUCCUUGUGUCCUUUUUUUUUUUUUUGGCCUGCUUUCCUGUUUGAAACGAAUGUGCCUGCUAUAGCCUACUGCUUUAGAUUUCAUGUUUGUACACCUUGAGACCUUAUGUAUGGUUAUGCACUGUAACUGUUAAGGUAAGAUAUGUACUGUUGACAAUUUGUUCUUUUUUCAUUAGGUGUUAAAGCUAAGAAGUACAUUUAUGUAACAGAGUUACACAUUAUUUUCAAGUGAAAAUUCCAUUCGGCUAAAUAACCAGAGCUUUUAGUCGUUAAGUAAUAGGCAUUGCUGUUAAGACUUUUUCAUUGUGGCAUGGUGUCUACUGUGUGUCAAAGCUCAGGAUUGCUGUCCACUGUAAUUUCCCUGGGACCUAUCAACACCAUGAUUGUAUUUUUUUCUUUUUUGUCAAAUAUUGACUCAUUAUUUUUCAGAAUAUUAAUGUCAUGUUAAUAAAGAAAUAAAUCACUUUGAA